AUGAUGUUAUAUAUUUAUGCGAAAAAAGCUCCAAUUUCUUUUAUCUUAUAUAUAGUAUUAUUAUUAAAAAUAAUAAGUGGAAAUGACGAUUUCCGCAAGCCUAGUAGUUUGAAUAGCGAAAUAUCGGGAUUCAUAGGAUAUAAAUGUAAUUUUUCAAAUGAGGGUGUUCAUAAUUUAAAACCGGAUACGCGUGAACGUAGGUCGAUUUUUUGCAACAUUCAUUCGUAUUUUAUAUAUGAUAAGAUAAGAUUAAUAAUACCAAAAAAAAGUACAUCUCCAGAGUUUAAACUAUUACCAGAAAAUUGUUUUAAAAAGGUAUAUACUGAUUAUGAGAACAGAGUUGAAACAGAUAUAUCUGAAUUAGGUUUAAUUGAAUAUGAAGUAGAAGAGAAUGAUACAAAUCCUAAUUAUAAUGAAAGAACAAUAACUAUAUCUCCAUUUAGUAAAAAAGACAUUGAAUUUUUUUGUUUUUGUGAUAAUACUGAAAAGGUUAUAUCAAGUAUAGAAGGGAGAAGUGCUAUGGUACAUGUACGUGUAUUGAAAUAUCCUCAUAAUAUUUUAUUUACAAAUUUAACGAAUGAUGUUUUUACAUAUUUACCUAAAACAUAUAAUGAAUCUAAUUUUGUAAGUAAUGCAUUAGAAGUAGAAUUAAAUGAUGGAGAAUUAUUUGUUUUAGCUUGUGAACUAAUUAAUAAAAAAUGUUUUCAAGAACCAAAAGAAAAAGCAUUAUAUAAAAGUAAUAAAAUAAUUUAUCAUAAAAAUUUAACUAUCUUUAAAGCCCCAUCUUAUGUUACAUCAAAAGAUGUUAAUACAGAAUGUACAUGUAAAUUUAAAAAUAAUCAAUACAAAAUAGUUUUAAAACCAAAAUAUGAAAAAAAAGUCAUACACGGAUGUAAUUUCUCUUCAAAUGUUAGUUCUAAACAUUCCUUUACAGAUAGUUUAGAUAUUUCUUUAGUUGAUGAUAAUGCACAUAUUUCAUGUAACGUACAUUUGUCUGCACCAAAAUAUAAUCAUUUGGUGGGUUUAAAUUGUCCUGGUGAUAUUAUACCAGAUUGCUUUUUUCAAGUAUAUCAACCAGAAUCAGAAGAACUUGAACCAUCCAAUAUUGUUUAUUUAGAUUCACAUAUAAAUAUAGGAGAUAUUGAAUAUUAUGAAGAUGCUGAAGGAGAUGAUAAAAUUAAAAUAUUUGGUAUAGUUGGAAGUAUACCAAAAACCACAUCUUUUACGUGCAUAUGUAAGAAGGAUAAAAAAAGUGCUUAUAUGACCGUUACUAUGGAUUCAGCAUAUUAUGGAUUUUUGGCUAAAACGUUUAUAUUCCUAAUUGUAGCAAUAUUAUUAUAUAUUUAG